AUGUCGGAUACUUACAUUUACGUCACGGCUGAUACUGCCCAGAAGUUUGCUGAAGAGCUUCUAGAGUCAGCUGGAUGCCGAAAGGAAGAUGCGAGCAUCAUCGCACAGGCUUUGGUGCUGGCCGAUCUCCGGGGAAUCGAUACCCAUGGCAUCAAUAGGCUACCGGGGUACCUGGACAGAGUCAAAGCUGGUGUCCUAAAUGUUACACCGGAUCUUCAUCUCAUUCAAAAAACCCCGGUAAUGGGGUUAAUCGACGCGCAAAAUACCUUCGGAUUCCUCGCUGGAUGUAAGGCUGUCGAUGAGGCCAUCAACAUGGCUACGACCUACGGGGUUGGAAUUGUGGCCGUCAAGAACAGCGGCCAUUACGGGAUGGGCGGCACAUACUGUUUACGGGCCAUGGAGAAAGGCUUUGGUGCAAUGGCAUUCACGAACUCGUCUCGAAGUAUGCCGGCCUGGGGCUCCAAGGAGCCACUUCUCGGCACGAGUCCCUUUGCAGUAGGACUACCUGGGGGCCAAAAUGGCGACUUUCUCUUGGACAUGUCCCCUUCUGUGGUUGCUCGGGGGAAGAUCCGGAAAGCGGCAAGAAGAGGCGAGUCCAUACCUGAAGGAUGGGCGCUAGAUGAAGAAGGGAGAACGACGACAGACCCCGUUGCAGCUCUAAAGGGAGUGGUGCUCCCUAUUGGGGGGCCGAAAGGCUCCGGGAUCGCCAUGAUGAUGGACAUUUUUGGCGGUCUGAUGUCCGGGGCAUCUUUCGCUGGAGGAGUCAACGACCAGUACCACGUCCUCGAUAAGCCACAGGGCGUUGGGCACUUUUUCAUGGUGUUUCGCCCCGAUGUCUUUCUCGAGUCGACAACGGAAUAUACUCAGCGGAUGGACCUGCUCAUGCAUAAAGUUCGGACAUCAGACCCCGCCGGCGGUGUUAACCGGGUAUACACUCCUGGAGAAAUCGAGAAGUUAACAGAGGAACGUCGCAGAGUGGAUGGUAUACCAUUCACGCGCGAAGAGGUCAAUAGGCUUGAAACUUUGGCUGAAGAAUGGGGUUGCGGCGUGAAACUAGGGCCUCAAGAAGUUGUCGGCUCAAUCCAGUCAAGAAAUUGA